AUGUCUUUUUCCCUCCACCGCAGCCCACCCUUCCGCGCCGAACAUCUCGGCUCCCUUAAACGCCCGCAAGCCCUCCUCGACGCACGCUACAAGGACCACAAGUCGUCUGCAGAGCUCGAGCCUCUUGAAGACCAAGCCAUCAAAGACAUUGUCAAGACACAGCUCGAUCUCGGUUUCUGCGGCAUAAGCGAUGGCGAGUACCGUCGACACAUGUUCUGGGGCACCUUCUGGCCGUCCCUGGAAGGCAUGGAGGAGAUCCAGAACCCGCCUCUCGACACUUUCCGCAUGUACGUCCCGGAUCUCGCUGCGUUCUUGGAGAGCGGGCAUCAGCCGGGCGAGAGCGUGUACUGUGUGGGCAAGAUUAAACAUACGGGUGAGAGUACCUAUGUAAGCCAGAUAGAGUAUCUGAAGACUCUGCUACCACAGGAGAGGUGGGGUGAUAUCAAGUUGACGCUUGCCGCGCCAAAUUGGUAUCACCUGAGGUAUGUCGACGGUAAGGCGUUUCCGAAGGACGUGUACGCCAAUGACAAGGAAUACUUCGCCGAUAUUGCGAAGGCGUACCAAGUCGAACUGGACAUACUCUACAAGGCGGGUCUGAGAAACGUACAAUUCGACGACCCAAACCUCGCAUACUUCUGCUCCGAAAAGAUGCUAUCCGGCUGGAAAGAAGACAAGAACAACACCAUUUCCGCCGACGAAUUAUUCGACCUGUACAUCCAGCUGUACAACGACUGCUUAUCACAAAUCCCCUCCGACAUGCACGUCGGCGUGCACCUCUGUCGCGGCAACUUCGUCAACUCGCGCCACUUCUCUGAAGGCGGCUACGACCGCAUCGCAACGAAGCUCUUCCAACACCUGAACGUGCACACCUACUAUCUUGAAUACGACACGCCGCGUGCAGGGGGCUUUGAGCCGUUGGCGCACCUCCCCAAGAACAAGAAUGUCAUCCUUGGUGUGGUGACGAGCAAGUUUCCCAAGCUGGAAGACAAAGAGGAGUUGAAAAGCAGGAUCUACCAGGCUGCGGAGGUCAUGGCGCAAGGGCAGGGUGAGACUAGGGAAGAGGCGUUGAGGAGGUGUGGCGUUAGUCCGCAGUGUGGGUUUGCGAGUCAUGCCGAGGGCAACCUGAUUGAUAUUGAGGGCAUGAAGAAGAAGUUGAGGCUGGUAAGGGAGGUUGCCGACGAGGUGUGGCCGGGUGAGGCGUAG